AUGCUAUCUUUGCCCUCCGCUGCCGUUCUUCUCGUCCUCGUGACCGUCAUCUAUUCUGCCAUCAGUACUCUGUGGACUUCGCGCUAUCAUGCCAGAAAGGCUAAGGAGUUGGGCGCGGCUCGACCGCCUAUGCACGCCUACAAGUUACCCCUCGGAGUCGACAAUGUCAUGAGAUUCAUCCGAGCCGACAAGAAGCAUAAGGUUCCACAAGAGGCCAUGAAGGUUUUUGAAGAGGCCGGACGACCGACUUACCUUCAGAGAAUGCCAGGCACAAUCAACAUCAUCACACAUGAUCCCAAGAACAUUCAAGCUCUGCUUGCCACUCAAUUCCAUGACUUUGAGCUUGGCUCUCGUCGAAAGGGCAAUUUCUAUCCUAUGCUGGGCAUAGGGAUUUUCACUUCGGACGGCAAGACCUGGGAACACUCUCGUGCUACCUUACGACCACAAUUCGCUCGGGACCAAGUAGCCGACUUGGACCUUGAAGAAAAGCACGUGCAACUACUGUUCAGGCAUCUCCCUGUUGAUGCGACUGGAUGGACCGCCCCGACGGACCUUGCUCCCAUCUUCUUCCGGCUGACGAUUGACUCUGCCACGGAAUUUCUUUUCGGUGAAAGCAUCAACUCCCAGCAAGCAGCACUGACCCAGGACGGCUCUCUGCCCGCCGCGUUUAGCAACACCGACGUCGCAGAGUGUUUCGAUCACGGUAUCACUGUUCUCGGUCAACGCGCCCGUCUAGCCAGGCUUUAUUGGCUGUACAACCCAUCCUCCUUCCGCGAAGCCAUCCGUGUCGUCCACCGCUUCGCAGACUACUGUAUUGAGCGAGCUGCCACGACGAAUACGACCCCGGAGAAAGAUGGCCGGUAUAUAUUUCUCAAAGAGCUGAUGAAGAUCACGGACAACAAAGUCGAGAUUCGCAGUCAGUUGUUGAACAUCCUCCUGGCAGGCCGAGACACCACUGCAGGGCUACUUGGUUGGACGUUCUGGGAGCUAGCUCGUCACCCGGACGUAUUCCGCAAGUUGCGUGCCACGAUCAUUGAGACGUUUGGCGCCUACGACUCGAGCAACAAGAAAAUCACAUUCGCCGCGCUCAAGUCAUGCAGCUACCUUCAGUACGUCAUGAAUGAGAUAUUGCGUCUGUAUCCAUCCGUCCCGCUCAACAGCCGCGAGGCCACCAAGGACACGACACUCCCACGAGGCGGCGGCCCGGAUGGGCUGAGCCCAGUCUACGUUCGGCGCGGUCAAGAGGUCAAUUACUCUGUAUACGUGAUGCACCGACGCCGCGAUAUCUGGGGGCCGGAUGCCGACGAGUUCAAACCCGAGCGCUGGCAGGGCCGCAAGUUUGGUUGGGAGUAUAUCCCCUUCAACGGCGGGCCGCGUGUGUGUCUGGGCCAGCAGUUCGCUCUCACCGAGGCGGGCUAUGUCAUCUGCCGCAUCCUCCAGCGCUUUGAUGGGCUGGAGAAUUGCGGUAUCUCGAACGAAGAACUGCAUGAUUAUGGCCUGACAACAGCGCCGGUGAGUGUCCGAGUCAGACUGCAUCAAGCCGAGUGA